AUGUUGUCAAAUAGAAGAUUUAUCAAACAACUAGCCAAUUGGGUGACAGCUAUCACUAUACUGAUUAACAUAUAUCUCUAUACUUAUCCAAGUUUCAAUUCCGAAAGAUGCUCAUGGUCUACGACCGAAGUUAGAACAGGAUCCUUAACAAACUGGGAAGGUUUGGUUCUCCAAAUCCCCUAUUUUGGCGAUAUUUUCCAGCAAUAUUUUCUAGAUGAGUCCAAGUUGGAAGACAACUCUGAUGAUAUCAAGAUACUGGCGCUUGGCGAUCCUCAAAUAAACGGCAAUUGGCCUAAUACUCCUUAUAUCAAAAGACUAGAUAACUUUGGUAAUGACUACUAUCUGGGCCAUAUCUACAGAACUAUGAAAAGGCGGCUACUUCCAUCCCACGUUGCGGUUAUGGGUGAUUUGUUUUCCUCCCAAUGGAUCAGUGAUUCAGAAUACUACAAUAGAACGAGAAGGUAUAUGACGCGUUUGUUUCCGCAACCUGAGCAACACACGCUGGAUGCCAUGAAUUUUGUAGACAAGCAUGAGGACGUCGAUUGGAGAAGCUUUUAUGGAUGGAUGAACGGUAACUUAAAUGACGGAAGCUUCCUGCGAGAGGAAGAGUAUGCUUAUUAUGACAUAUACGACUGGACCGAGCCUCGUAUCAAGGGUGAACCUCUAUUUAUCAACAUAACUGGAAACCAUGAUGUUGGGUAUGGUGAUACAACCUACCAACAUCUAGCCAGAUAUAGGAAAUUGUUUGGUAAAGAUAACUAUUUCAUUGAGUACGACAACGACACUGACCAUCCUUGGAGAAUCGUGGUUCUUAAUUCUUUGGCUCUGGAUGGACCACUAUUACAACCAGAGUUUCAAAAGUACACUUGGCAGUUUGUUGAAAUGCUCUCAAAACAAAAUUAUCCUGGACAAACCAUUCUAAUGACACACAUCCCAUUCUAUAAGAGAGAAGGUUUAUGUAUUGACGGUCCGUUUGUGGAAUAUUUUACUGAGGAAAAUGCAUUGGAAGACUAUAGGAUCGGGCUACUCAAAUCAGAAAAUCAUCUUCAAUAUGAGACUUCUCAGAAAGUAUUGAAUGCUGUCUUUCAAAGUGGCAAACCAGGAAUUGUACUCACUGGCCAUGAUCAUGAAGGUUGUGAGAACUUCUAUUCCAAGGAUGAAAACAACGUUUGGGUUGCAGAUAAGACUGUAAAGAACAAGAAUUUCUACAUUAAAGAAGCUACUGUGAGAGCCAUGAUGGGUGAUUUUGAUGGUCAUGCUGGAAUCAUGACUGGUCAUCUCAACAAAUCAACCGGUCUGUGGGAGUGGGAUUACAGUACCUGCCCGUUCUCUGUACAGCAUGUCUGGUGGGUGGGUCAAGUCGGAAUUGCUCUCUCUAUUCUGUUGCAGUCGAUUGGAUUUCUCAUAUAA